AUGCUAGACCUCACCACUGAAAACAUCACAGAGAAUGUUCAAAUCGCGAAUUCUAGCUGUUCCGAUAGACGUGUUAGGUAUCUGUUUGAAAGACUUGUUGUUCAUCUCCAUGAUUUAGUACGGGAACCGAGACUCAGUACGGAAGAGUGGAUGGCUGCAAUAGAGUUCCUCACCAAAGUUGGUCAAACAUGUACUGAUACACGUCAGGAAUUCAUUUUACUUUCGGAUAUCCUUGGAGUUUCUUUACUUGUUGAUGCGAUUGACCACCCCAAGCCAAAAGGCUCGACAGAAGGGACAGUAUUAGGACCAUUCCACACUCACGAAGCGGAGGAUGUUACCAAUGGUGCCAACAUCUCGACUGAUCCUCAGGGAAAACCACUUCUUGUCAUCUGCAAAGUUCGCAACUUGGCAGGGCAGCCAAUCGAGAAUGCCAGAAUUGAUGUGUGGGAGACCGACUCCAAGGGAUUUUAUGAUGACGGGAAUUUCUGGUUCAAAGCCAUUGUCCCGGUCCCAUAUCCAAUUCCAAGUGAUGGCCCGGUAGGAAAAAUUCUUGGAACCCUCAAUCGACAUUGUUACCGCCCAAGUCACAUGCACUUUAUGUUUGACCACCCGGUUUAUGAUCCCCUUAUCACUGCUUUAUACUUGAAGAAUGAUCCAUAUGAAACAUCAGAUGCAGUUUUUGGCGUUAAGAGUACGCUUGUGGUGGAGUUGAAGACAGUACAGGACAAAGGAAUUGCUGAACAGUAUGGUGUUGAUGUCGGGUGUGCAUUAAUAAAUUACGAAUUUGUUCUUGUUACAAAGCAGGAGGCAAUCGAUAUGCGAUACAGAAAUGCAGAAGCGGCGAUGAAGGCUCAGGGAAAGCAAAUGCAGUACAUAAACGGUCUGCCUGUACCGGAUAUAGAUUAA